AUUCAUUCCAUUCUGCUAAAGUCUGUCGAAUAGACCGCAACAGCAAAUUGUUAAUAUGAUUAAAAAGUUAAUUUUUAGUGUGUUAGUGCUCCAUAUAAGUGCCGUUUUGGGUAAUGGUAUUUGUAAUGAUUGUAUGGUAUAUACCAAAUGCAAGGCGGCAUUUGAUCACGCGACCUUAAAGCGAGACAGAGAAACAAUGCAAAUGUUUUCCACAGCUUUUUGCGGCAUGGGAUAUGAAAAUGGCGAAAGGAUACAUAAGGUUUGCUGUUCCUAUUUUCCAUCACUUAAUACGAGGCCUUCCUUAAUAGACAGCAGAAGCGGAAUAAGUAAAGAUUACCUUCUACCAGAAACGUGUGGAAGUAUUUUGGGAAAUCGUAUCUUUGGAGGCAAAUACGCUAAACUCUACGAAUUCCCUUGGAUGGCACUUAUCUCUUAUAAUAAAAAGGAUGGUCCGCGAUUCGAAUGUUCAGGGACGAUUAUUAACUCAAAAUACAUCUUGACUGCUGCUCACUGCGUUGUCAACAAAAAUAUUCUAGGUGUGAGGAUGGGAGAAUUCGAUGUCAGUAGUGAUGAGGACUGCGAGUAUGAACCUGGUUUAUCCCCGGUCUGUGAGAGACAUAUACAGGACAUGAGCGUUGAAAUGGCAAUACCCCAUAGCGAAUAUCGCCAAGUUCCACCGACUAAUGACAUUGCCUUGCUGAGAAUGGAGGGCGAGAUCGAAUUUAGUCAUUCCAACGUUGAACCAAUUUGUCUACCAAUUACACCUGAACUUCAAAAUACGGUUUUGGACUUUAAGACUGGUACCGUGGCUGGCUGGGGAGUGACUGAAACGGGUACAGAGGCGUCAAAACUGAUGAAAGUCGAUUUUCCUAUAAAAUCCAACUCAGAUUGCAAGAUGUACUUUAGAAAUAUGCUAAACCAAAGAUUUAACGAAUCUAUGAAAACUAUGAAGAAUCAGUUUUGUGGAGGGGAAUUCGGGAAAGACUCGUGCAGUGGAGACUCUGGUGGUCCUUUUAUGAUUAAAGGCAUCUAUAAUGACGUGAGCCGCUAUGUCCAAUAUGGAGUCGUGUCUCAUGGACCUAAGAGAUGCGGUUCUGAUACACCAGGCUUUUACACUGAUGUAACGAAAUAUGUAAAUUGGAUAUUGGACAAUAUAAAAGAUUAGAUGCAUUAGUUCUAAAACAAAGAAUCGUCAUUUAGUUACAGAAUUUCACAACGAUUGUCAAAUGAAGUUCCUAAACGUUUCAAAGCUGAUUAUAUUAAAUUAAACUGAUGAAUAUAUUAAAAUGAAGUAUUGAUUAAUACAUGAUUAUCCUCUAUAACUGGAAUAUCAAAAGUUAUUAAUUAUUUUUGUUUUUUUUAUAGUAGUAGUUAGUAAAAUGUAAUGGCGUCUUACUUGGAAUUCAAUAAAAUUCAAAAUCUAUUGCUUUUAUAAUUAUAAUAUAUUAAUUAAUGAUUAUUAUUACAAAUCAUUAAUUAUUAUUAUAUAAUAAUAAUGAUGUUUAAUUAUUAUUUUAUAAUAAUUAAUGAUUCGUUUUAAUAUAAAACAAGUAUAUAGGUACUUACUACAAAACUUAAGUUGAAUUAUUAUUCAAUUUUGACUGUAUAAAUCGAAAAAUACACUCGGAAAUCGCGCCUUUGUAAAGUCAUUUCAGCAGUUAAAUCAUAAUAUUAUAUAUCUUGAAGUUCUUAUUAAGUCGAAAACUCGUUAACUCGAUUUUUUUGUAUUUACCUUGACAUUCGAGUUAUAAAGAUUGUUUUUUAUAAAGAUGUAUUAUAUUAUUGGUAUGGCUAUCAUUUGUAUGUUUAUUUUGAUUAUUUACAAAGUUUACGAGAACUAUAUAAUAUAUUUAUAAAAUAGUAAAAUAAAAUGUUAAAUCAUGAAUAAAUUUUCGAGAAAAAAUGUCUACGAUGUCAAGAUAGCCUUAACAAUAUUUUAAGGAAAAUAAAAGUAAUUAAAAUUCA